AUGUCUCGGCUCAAGGCAACACCGCACACCACUACGUACAGCUCAAACUCAAUUGGCACUCGCCAAAAAUUCCCCGGCAGGGAUUCCAAUCCAACAACAGUCGUCAUCUACGAUUUCCCCACGCGGUCGCUGUCUACGAAAGCAAAGACCAAGUUAAAAAUAGCAGCUUUCAAAGGUCCGAUCCAGGCCGGAGCCGGAAUGCGGACGGAUACACAGUCUCGCCGGCCUGCAGACAGUCCCUCUCCUCCCUGUCGCUGUUGA